CAGGCAGCGGCGAGGACGCGGUGGCGGAGCGGGGCGGGAGGCAUGGUCUCCACCUACCGGGUGGCCGUGCUGGGGGCGCGAGGCGUGGGCAAGAGUGCCAUCGUGCGCCAGUUCCUGUACAACGAGUUCAGCGAGGCCUGUGUGCCCACCACUGCCCGCCGCCUCUACCUGCCUGCUGUCGUCAUGAACGGCCACGUGCACGACCUCCAGAUCCUCGACUUCCCACCCAUCAGCACCUUCCCGGUCAACACGCUGCAGGAGUGGGCAGACGCCUGUUGCAGAGGACUCCGGAGCGUCCACGCCUACAUCCUGGUCUACGACAUCUGCUGCUUUGACAGCUUUGAGUACGUCAAGACCAUCCGCCAGCAGAUCCUAGAGACGAGGGUGAUCGGCACCUCAGAGACGCCCAUCAUCAUCGUGGGCAACAAGCGGGACCUGCAGCGCGGGCGCGUGAUCCCGCGCUGGAACGUGUCACACCUGGUGCGCAAGACCUGGAAGUGCGGCUACGUGGAGUGCUCGGCCAAGUACAACUGGCACAUCCUGCUGCUCUUCAGCGAGCUGCUCAAGAGCGUCGGCUGCGCCCGCUGCAAGCACGUGCACGCCGCCCUGCGCUUCCAGGGCGCGCUGCGCCGCAACCGCUGCGCCAUCAUGUGACGCCGCGCCGCCCCGGGAACUGCGGGGCUCCG